AGCUCAGAUCCGUCCUCACUGCCUCCCGUCGCUUCGCCAUGGCGAAAAGAGGCUUCGCCUUGGCGGUGCUCGGCCUGUGCUUCGGCAUCGGCUUCGGGCCUGGCUUCAUCGGGGCACGUGCCCGGGCUUCGGGGAGCGUGGCGUGCAAGGGCUGGCGGCUGGACAAGAUCGAGGUGGGCCCCCGGGGCAUCGGCCAGCUGGUGGUGGCCGAAGGCUUCUUCAUCGGCGAGAAGGACAUGUACAAGAUGAUCAACUCGCAGGGGCGGCGGUACCGGCUGCGGCCGUCGGCGGAGGACCGUAAGGCGGGGAAGACGGUGCCGGGGAUCUUCCAGCUUGGGCCUUUCAAGAUCCACCUGGAGCAAUGCUUUCGGGGCUCCGGCGGGGACGUGGAUCUGCCGCGCCCGGAGGGCUACUCAGGCAACGGGGGCAUGGCAGGCUGGGCCGAGGACCUGCCGGUGAAGAAGCUGGGCUACGGCCGGUGAGUGAGCGGUGAGCCGGUGCGAGAGCUGUGAGCUUGGGUGAGUCGGUCUUCCGAGGUGGCCCAGGUCUUCCGAGCCGACCAUGCCGACCCGAGCCUCCUUUUUCGCAAGAGUCGAGGUUCGAGG